AGGAAGACCGCUGGAUGGAGGAGCGCGCUCCGGCUCUCUCUAACGAGGGAAGGAUGCACCAGGAGAUGUAUGAGCUGAAGGGACUGCGGCCGGACACCGAGUAUGACGUCAUGAUAGUUGCUGAGAACAAGUAUGGCAGCUAUAGGGAGAGCGAGGAGACCAGCGUGUGGACAUUCCGCACACAAGCUGAGGGCGUUGAAGUACCCACGCCAGAGCCAGAGACCUAUUGGCCUGAGCCAGAGCCAGAAUCUGAGGGCGACAGUAAGCCGGAACAAGUACAGACGGAGGACAAGUCCGGGGCGGAGAGAACAAGAUGCGUCGGCGUUGCCAUGGCAAUCGUGAUGCUGCUGGCAACGAUGGUGGUGUGAGAAACAGAAACACUUGUUUUCCGCGGAGUUUCAUCGUUUGUUGCGUGCCGGCGCAUAGAUAUUCUACAAUAUACAUAUAUAUACACAUGCAUACAUAUGUUAAAUGUAUAUGUAUAUGUAUAUAUAUAUAUAUAAUGUAUAUUGUAAAUGGCUUCUAUGAUGCGCGGUGCCCUGUGUCGUGAGUGUGUAAUACGGAGUCAUGUCAGCAAUGAGCUGCCUCUCUCUCUCUCUCUCUCUCUCUCUCUCUCUCUCUCUCA